UAGUGCUCAAUCUUGGUUCUCUGAGCACUCUAUAUAGUGUCCAUGUUCACAUAGGACUACAAUGAUUAUUUUUAGUUGAAAUUUUAAAUUAAAAUAUAGUUCCAGAAAUUAGUCAGCUUAGUUUGAAUUUGAGUAUGGGUUGAAUGAUGUGUAACAUGCAGACAUCUGCAGCUAUAAAUUAUUUUAUAUACUUAAAGCUAUCUUGUGGGAUUGUUGCUAAUGUUUACAGUCAGUUUUGUUGAGAGACUAGCUGUUAUAUAAUUUUAAAUAUUGGAAGCCAGAAACUGUAAUUGAAAUGAAUAUGUCCCCAUCUUAAACAUAGUUUCUCAUUUUUUUGACAUUUGUUUACAAUCUUAAGACUUUUGUGAUUUCAUUCUUUUAAGAGAAAGAAGGGUUAAUUAUGAAAAUCAAUGUGCUUCAAUUUUCAAACUUUUCAGUGUGUAGAUGUAAUUCGUAAGAAUUUAGAAUGAUUUUUAUAUAAACUAAAUUUCAAGGCAGUAAUUAAUGUUACUACAAUAAAGUUACAGCAAGAGUUUAAAACUAGAAGGAAUUCUGGACUACAGCAAAAUUGGAUUUCACUUUCAAACUUUUUAAAUGAUUAGCCUUAAUUUUCUAGAGUUUUAACUUGCAUUUCUGAUUUUAUUCUGUUCUAGCAGUUGAGUCUAUUGUUUGAUGUAAACUUGGCUCUUGUUUCAGACAUUUAAUCUUGCUGGAAUAUUUGUUGAUUUUUAAAUUUAUGAACAAUUCUGAAGGAGGUGGACUGUGAAAAGGCGACAUGGUAGUUUACAGUAGCAAUUGACAAUUUCUCCCAUGUGGUAAGUAUCCCUAGUGCAAAUCCAGAGAGCGCUCUACACAUAUAAUAAAUUGCACUUUAGUAUUCUACAAUUCUAUACAACAUCAAGUACAAUGAAAUAUUUUGGUGACAUCUUGGGCUUAAAUUACUUGAUUUGUUCGAAUCAGGCUAAAUUUGUCAAAUGUAUGGUAUUUUAAUUCCUUGCAGUCUGUGAUUCUUGCAAGACUCAGCAUCCUCUUUUCAUUGUUUUACAUGAUGCCAACAAUUUGCUUUGGGCCGAAUUAAUUUCUUCCCUACCCACCUCCACCCUCCUAAACUGACGAUUGUCUAUAACCCUAUUUCAUAUCUUCCUUAUUUUGGUACCAAACCACUAGUGAUACAAGGCUGGCUUCUGAUAAUUUGAAAGCUGAAUGAUAGAUUAGUGGCUCUGCUAAUUUCAGGAUGAUGAUUUGACCGAUCAGUUGUUUGUUUUUCUAUUUCACUUGACCACUUGCACUCACUUUUGGAAAUCCAUUUUUCCAUCUUGUGUGGAGAAAAGGUUUUCAGAUAUACCCUCAAUCAGAGAACUUGGUACUUAAAAUUGUGUGUUUGCAUGUGCGCACACAGGUGCUGUCCAUAAAACAGUACAACACAGGAACAGGCCCCUUGGCCCACAGUGUAGUGCCAAACCAGCUAAAAAGCAAAUCAAAAAUGCCCAAUCCCUCGUACCUAUACAAUGUCCAUAUUCCUCCAUCUUCCUUGCAUCUAUGUGCCUAUCCAAAUGUAUCUUUCUUUCCACAUUUCCAUCAGAACUAGUAUGUUACUGACACCAUAGUUGGAUUGUGUGCUUGGAAUGAGGUGGUGAAGUGAAAAGGGUUCUACACAUCACUGAAGUUAUGAACUGAAAUACACAAUUGGACUUGAUGCAUAAACAAAGAGAAGCUGAGCCAUUUAAAGUUGAACUGUGUUAGGCAUACUUUAAAAUAAAACCUGUGUGUGAGUGAGUACUUUUGUUAUUUGUAGAAUAAAGUGGAAAAUGUUGCUGAAGACCAGUAGGGGUUAUCUUGUGGCAGAGUGUCCAGAUUGAAUCCAAGUAUUCAAAUCAGUUAUUAAAUGUUAUUGUAACUCAGACCUGUGAAGAAAUCGUAUAUUAUGGUAGUCCAAAAACGAGCUCUCAGCCAUCCAUAACUCUUAUUAACCUAAGGUAUAGAAAAACUAAAUACUUGUGCGUGUACUUGUAAUUUUGUCAUAAACUAUUUUCAUAUUAUUUGUUACUCUUGAAUUUCUAGUAUAAAUCAGUUAAAUCUAUUUUAAGUCAUGUGCCUUGAGUUUUAAAUCUGCAUCAUUCAGGUGACCAAGAGUUUUAAUUUUUAGGAUUAGGAAAUGCUGGGAUGGUUAGUAUCUGUGCACAUAAAUGUAGUUAUCAUUUGAGGUGAAGGUCUCAGAUCUGAAGCAGUCACUUUUCAGUGCCUCCAGUUCAUUUUAAAAUGUUUUGAUGUGGGUUAUUUUAACAGAAUUUCAAUGGAACAUUAUUCUGAAAUGUUAACAUUAAUGCUACCCCUGUUUAAUCUCACAGUUCCAGUAUCUGCAGCAUGUUUCCCUAAUUUAUUAGAUUUGAUACAGUAGACUGAAAGAGGAAUACUUGAUCCUGCUGGAUUUUAAUAACUACCUUGUAUUUCAAGCUUUGUAACAUGCUGGGAUUUCUUGAACCAUGGAAACUUUGGUUUUCAGUCCUUUCCUCUCCACCAUUUGCUUUUGUAAUAUUGCCUAUCUAAUUUCAAGUAACCAACAUUUUCUUUAAUCAAGGGAUAGAAACAAUCAUCUUGCUUGCCAUGUAAUCUCCCAGCUCUAAUCUAGGGACUACACCAGAUUGUAAUCGUUUGACCAUAAAAAGUAAAAUAUGGCUGAUGUUAGAAAUUUGAGAUAAUUAUGGAGGUGCAUGCCAGUAGUAGUUAGAUAAAACAGCAUAAAUGGAAAGAUUUCUUAUCAAUCUGAAACAGUCACACCUGAAAUGCUAACUGACCAUUUACUGUUUUGAUUCUUACUUCACACACCCCUAAUCCUAUCUUUACAGCCAUUAGUUGCUGAAAUAUUACUUCUGUAUUCCAAUAAUUCUUCUGGCUGCUAAAUUUGUACUUAUCCCAAACAUUGAAGUUGACACUUUGCACCAGCCCCAUUUGCCUAUCUCCCUAAGCUUGCACUAUGUACCUGCUAGUCCACGUGAUUAAAAUUCUUGUCCGAAUUUUCAGAUCUCUACACCAUCACACACUCUGGACCUAAUGGUUCUCUUGCUCAUUUCUUCCAGGCCUUGACUAACAACCAUGCUUUCACCUGUAUGAAUCCUAAACAUGAAUAACAUCAUCAUCAUCUCUCCCCUCCAAAAGAAAAAUCUUCCCCUCUAUAAAUUCUGUUCAUGUGAAUAUUGAAUUGUUCAAUGAUGUACUUUUUCCAGGCAAUUUUAAUAGGUAAUGAAUUGGACUGAACCCAUUCAACAAAAACUGCUGUUAAAGCUGCAUUAAAUAUGUUCUAAUAAAAGAUUCAUGUGCAAAUUAUUCAAGUAGAACCAUGAUCACAAACUAAAUUGUUUUGUGCUACUUGCUUCUGUUUUUGUGCCAUUCAUCCCUCAUUUCCCAUAUGAAAGUAAAAAUAUUAAAUCAUGAUGCUGAAAAUCUAUGACCGUUUCACUCUAAAUUUUAAAAUAGGCCUGCCCUUGAUCUCUUUAAAGAUUAUGGAAUUUUAUAGUAAAGGUUGUUAUUGAAUCCAUUGACGCUGUGCUGUGUCUGAAAAGGAGCUAUUGCAUUUGUCUGUUCCCUGUACUUGGUGUUUACUUAUAGAAAAUACCUAUUUGGGAAUUAAUAAUCUUUUCAUGAGAUCAUAGCUAUCAACAGUAUACUCAUGCUGCUUGAUUUUCUUUAAAUGUGACUCCACCAUGGAUAUCCAGUCUGAAUUCCAUGGAGCAAAGUCAUAUUUGAAAAGUAUUGUAGUAUUGAUCUGUCAAUAUUUAAAUAGUUUUAAAUUUAAUUUUAAAAGAUGUGGGACAACUUUAUGCAAGUAAUACACCUACAUGGGAUCUGCUAACUCAGUUUUCAAUGUAUUUGGACUGGAGAAUAGUAAACGAUUAUUAAACUUCAUAAAUCUAAGAAAGCAGGAGGGUAUUUAUCUCAUGUAUGCUGAGUGAUGUGUACUUGUUUUAAAGAAGUCAAUAGAGAAACUAAUUUUGUAAAUUUUUUUGCAAAGUUAUUUUGUAUCAUAAUAAAAACAUGACAACCUGAUUCAUAUCCAUGUAGAUUUCUAUUCCAUGUAGUUUAUAACGGCUACUGUUUAAUUUCAGUAAGUGAUGCAGGAAACGUUCAUUAAAGAGCUAAGAUCAUGGUUUGUGUCAAUAGUUCAUUGUAUACAAAAAAAUACAUCUGCAGGCACAGCUAUCCUUUUGGUUCCUUACAUUUCGAUCACAUACCAUAGCAUGAUCACUAACAGACGGGUGAAGCUGCAAUUGUGUUUUAGCAUUAAAGGAGUAAUGGCGUUCUCUCCCAGUGUUCACUCGCAAAUCCACGCCGGUACCCUGAUCGUCACGAGUUACAAGCGAAUGUCCAAGGUCGGGGCAAGGCCUAUUCCAGAAUGAUGGGCCGAGGGAGUGCCGCACGGUGGGAGGGCCGAGGGAGCAUCGCACUGUGGCGCAGGAAGAGCGACCUCGCGUCUGACGUUUCACUAGCCGCUCGGCCUUGGCACCAUUCCGUGCGCACGGUGGCGAGGCCGAACGCUUACGGUGAUGCCGGCGCCGUGCCCAAGCGUGAUCACUCUGCUGCUUGCUGCCGCCACCGCCACCGCCGUACACGCCCAGCUCUACAGCCUGAGUGGAAGCUUCUGGGAGGUCCGCAACGGUAACGGAAGCGUGCGCACGCCCGCCACGGUUCCCGGGAACGUCCACAGCGCGCUGCUUCAUGGCGGCGUUAUUCAGGAUCCCUACUAUAGGUUUAAUGAUGUGGCCUACAGAUGGAUUGCUUUGGACAACUGGACCUACAGCCGGACUUUCACAUUGCCUCCUGAUGUGAGGAAGUGGAAGAGAAUAAACCUAGUCUGUGAUGGUCUUGACACUGCUGCUACAAUCCUUAUCAAUAAUGUUACAAUUGGAACAUCUAAUAACAUGUUUCACAGAUACACUUUCGAUUCUACUAACGUGAUUAAGGAACAAAACUACAUUGAGGUGCGCUUUUUAUCAGCAAUUUCUUAUGCAGCACAGCAGAAUGCUCAGCACAAGGCAUACUCAGUGCCUCCUGACUGCCCUCCACCUCAGCAAAAUGGCGAAUGUCAUGUCAACUUUGUGAGAAAGGAACAGUGCUCUUUCAGCUGGGACUGGGGCCCGUCCUUCCCUACACAAGGCAUUUGGAAAGAUAUACGGAUUGAGGCUUACAACAUCUGCCACUUGACGUAUCUCACGGCAACCUCUGUUUAUGAUAAGACAAAACAGAAGUGGUCUGUGGAAAUAGAGAGCUUUUAUGAUAUUGUUUCCUCAAUGCCGGUUGAAGGUGAAUUGACUGCCAACAUUCCCUCUCUACACACACAUCAAAUUUACAAAAUACUUCUUGGGAAGGGAAAAGAGAGCAGCAGUAAAGUCAGACUGUACAUUAAUCAGAAUGCAACUAUUCAUCCUUGGUGGCCCCAUGGAUAUGGCAAUCAGACUGGUUACAACAUGACUGUAACUGUCACUGUCGCAGGAGAGUAUCACAUUGAAAAGUCCAUCAUGGUCUAUUUUAGGACUGUAGAGCUGAUUCAAGAACCUGUACCAGGAUCUCCUGGUUUAAGCUUCUAUUUUAAAAUCAAUGGGCUCCCUAUAUUCAUCAAAGGUUCGAACUGGAUUCCUGCAGAUGCAUUUUUGGACAGAGUGACAUUUAAUGUAUUACAGAACUUGUUACAGUCUACAGUUGAUGCCAAUAUGAACACUUUACGGGUAUGGGGAGGAGGCAUUUAUGAACAAGAUGAAUUUUAUGAGCUGUGUGAUAAAUUGGGGAUCAUGAUCUGGCAGGAUUUCAUGUUUGCUUGUGCACUUUAUCCAACCAACAAAAAGUUUGUUGAUUCAGUCAGGGGAGAAAUUGUUCACCAGAUCUGGAGAUUAAAAUCCCAUCCAUCCAUCAUAAUCUGGAGUGGAAACAAUGAGAAUGAGGCUGCACUUGCAGUUAACUGGUUCCAUGUUUCACCAUCAAACAUGACACUGUACUUGGAUGACUAUGUACAACUCUAUGUCAAUACGAUUAGAGAAAUAGUACUUCAGGAGGAUAGAAAUCGCCCAUAUAUUACCUCAAGUCCCACCAAUGGGGAGGAAUCGGUUCAGGAGCACUGGGUUGCCAAGAACCCAUAUGAUGACCACUAUGGUGAUGUUCAUUAUUAUAAUUACAACAAAGACUGCUUGGACUGGACAUAUUUUCCAAAGCCAAGAUUUGCAUCUGAAUAUGGCUUCCAGUCUUGGCCUUCCUUCUCAACACUGGAAAGGGUUUCUUCUGCUGAAGACUGGAAUUUCAACAGUUCUUUUGUUAAUCACCGACAGCACCAAACUGCUGGCAAUGCAUUGUUCCUGAAGCAAAUCCAACUCCACUUUAAACUUCCUCAGUCAAAAGAUCCCCUCCAAAACUUCAAAAAUACACUCUACCUUUCUCAGGUGAUGCAAGCACAAUGUGUAAAAACACAGACCGAAUUUUAUCGGCGAAGUCAGAGUGAAGUCAUUGAUGGGAAAGGUUUUACAAUGGGCGCAUUGUACUGGCAGCUCAAUGAUAUCUGGCAAGCCCCCUCCUGGGCCUCCAUUGAGUACGGUGGUAAAUGGAAGAUGCUUCAUUACUUUGCACAGAAUUUCUUUGCUCCUGUUCUGCCAGUAGCUUUUGAAGACCAAGGUACACUGAUAAUCUAUGGAAUUUCUGAUCUAUCCAAAGACCUCCAACUUGUUCUUCAGGUUCAGCUUUACCAGUGGAGUCUCAUGGAACCAGCAUGUGUUUUCCACACCAAACCCUUCACAUUAAAGGCAAGCAGUGCAGCCCCCAUGUACAAGGAACUGACGGUUGAUUUGCUGAAGCGUUGUAGCUGCAGCCGAUCUCACUGUGUCGUCACCUUUUACCUUGAGGCUAACAGCCAGCAGCUGGGACCAGCUAAUUAUUACCUGCUGACAUCUUUCAAGGAUGCUCAGACACUGAGAAAGCCACAAAUUAAUGUCACCAUAAGCCAGCAAGGGGACAUAUACAUGAUUAAUCUACAGACCAACAGUAUCGCUCCUUACGUCUGGUUGGAUGUUGGGGACAUCUCAGGGAGGUUCAGUGACAAUGGCUUCCUGAUGUGGGAGAAGAACAAGCAGCUAUCCUUCAUCCCGUGGAGUUCCACCAGCAUGUCCAAACUGAGGAAGUCUCUGACCAUCUACACCCUCCAAGAUGUAUACUAACCGUUCACAUCUUCAGGUUGAUUCUCCCAAUAACUGAAUGAACAUCUGUCUGUGUGAGUAAUGGUCACCACACUCAGGACACUGUUGUUAAUGUCAGUUGAAAUCAAUGAAUAUUGGACUGUGAUGUACAUUCAUUAUGGUGGGCCAUUCAUCUAGUUUCUUUCAAGAAAGGGUGCAUUCAAACCAAAGACAAAUCAGGAAGUCAGGAUUGAAACUUUCAACUCAGGAUCUUUUGAUAACUUUUAAUAAUUUGGAUUUGACUCCUGCCAGAAUAACAAACAUUGCUGUGGUCUCUCUGAUUUUGACAAUAUUGCAACAUACCUUUAUUGAUACAACUUCUAUGCUGCAGAAUUUUUGCUCACUUCUGUAUUAUUGGUUGAAGCCCAUCUCAGAAAUAUUAUUAUACUUUUUAUAAAUCUGUGCUUCAAUUUUGUUCAUAUGUGGCCUCUCUGAAUGGGUGAACUAAGGCAACAUCAUCGCCAGAAUUCAUGAAUUUUCGGAUCAAACUAAUUGUUUAAAAAGACAAUAUUUAAUUUGAAAAUAUUGAGGAAGAAUUUGUUUUCUCAUGUUAACAGUUCUGCAAAUCUAAUUUCAUUUCAAGGAUGCACUGAUUAAAUUUAUAUUUACAUAUUCAUAUUGA